AUGACGUCGUACCAGGUACACGUACGCACCACGCACCCAGAUCCCUGCCAAGGGCUCCUUAUAACCACCAGCAGCAAUUUCCAUCCCCGUCCUCUCCUUGCCCUAUUACAACCCGCUUCUUCCAAGCAGCAACCUCGCGACAUGCCUCACUCUCUCGAGUCAUCCCUCGAUACGCAGGCGCUGGCCGGCGAACAGCGCCAACUUCUCGAUCUCAUCGACAGCCUGCAAUUCGCGCAACUCGACAAUGUCAGACUGCCCCAGAUCGUGGUCGUCGGCGAUCAAUCGGCAGGCAAGAGCUCCGUCUUGGAAGCCAUCUCCGGGACCCCUUUCCCCAGAGACGCCGGCGCCUGCACCCGGUUCGCUACGGAAAUCCGCCUCCGGAGAGGCAAAGAGUCUGCCUUGAGGGUCUCCAUCAUCCCCGACAAAAAUCGCCCGCACGCCCAACAGACGAGUCUGCUGCGGUACGGGGGCCACGUCACGGGCGACACGUCCUUUGAGGGCAUGAUGCGCGAGGCCACGGAUUUGAUCGCCCCGCGCGAUAUGCCUGGCCGAUUCGCCGCGCGGGAUGUCCUCGUUGUCGAGAAGAGCGGUCCGGAUAUGCCCCUGCUGACUCUUGUUGAUCUGCCGGGUCUUGUUCGGGUCGCGAAUCGGGACCAAUCCGAGGCCGAUAUCCAGACGAUUGAGGCUCUUUCCGACCGGUACAUGAAGAGUUCGCGAACCAUUAUUCUUGCCGUCAUUGGCGGCAACAACGACUACGUCCAGGCGCCCAUCCUGAAAAAGGCCCGGCAAUUCGACCCCAAGGGCUCGCGAACCAUCGGCGUGCUUACCAAGCCGGACAUGACGGAACGCAUCGGCCUCCAGGACAAGUUUAUCGAGCUAGUCAUGAACAAGGACCCAGAGAACCAUUUCAAGCUCGGAUGGUAUGUCUUGCUGAAUCCCGGCCCUGGCGAGCAGUGGUUCAGCCCCGAGGAACGAGCUCGCAGGGAAGCAGACUUCUUCACCAAAGGCCGCUGGUCUGCUUUGCCGCCUCAGUCGUGGGGGGUCGCGGCCCUGCGCCAAAAGCUGAGCACACAGCUGCAGAAACACAUUGGCAAGCACGUCAAGUCUCUCCGGCGACAGAUCCAGCAGGCUUUGGAGCGGUGCGACGGCCAGCUCAAGGCCAUGGGGUCGGCCAAAGACACCAUCGAGGAGAUGCGCUUCGAGAUGGGUGAGCUGUUCACGGCCUCCAACAACCUGGUUACCCCGGCCGUCAACGGCAAUUACAAGAACCCGUUUGGGGAAGACUUUUUCGGGCGACUGUCGAACCCAAAGGGCACGCCGCCGCAGAAACUUCGUGCGCGCGCGCGCGAAGAGUCGGAGCGUUUCUCGCGCCUCUUCCGGCAGCAGGGCAGAAAAGUCAACUUUGCCGCUGCGGGCUCGAGCAGCAGCAGCCUCCUACCUGCCGCGGGCGUCGUCGGCGACCAGUCCAAGAAGGAUUUCGCCAUGCACGAGGUCGAGCCGCUUCUUCGGCAGAUCCGGGGCAACGAACUCCCGCUCGACUCCAACCCGCGCGCUCCGUACAUCCUCUUCCAGGAUUAUUCCCGCAGCUGGCCCGUCCUUGCGCAAGAAUACAAGGACAACCUCGGUGUCAUCUGCAACGAGUUCCUCGCCGAGGUCAUUGACUACGUGUGGCCCAUCCGCAUGCGCGACCCCUUGCGCUACCACUUUCUCCAGGACAAGAUAAAGCGUCUCAUGGAAAAAGCAGACGAGGAACUGGGCCGCCUCACCGACGACAUGGAGCUGGAGGUGCAGCCCUACGACCCCGAGUACGAGGAUCGUCUCCGCAAGUGGCGCGCCGAAUCUACGGAGAACGGGGGCACAUAUACCGAAGCUGAAGAGGUCCUCGAGAAGAUGCUCAUCUAUUACGACCUGACGGCCAGGAUCUUCACCCGCAACGUCAUCACCCAGGUCGUUGAGCGCCACCUGCUCCUUGGCAUGCUCCGCCUUUUCAACCCCGUCGAGAUACUGAGAAUGCCCGACGUAACCAUCGAGUCCAUCUCGGCGGAAAACAAGGAGACGCGCGAGAGGAGAAUUGCCCUCAAGGCGCAGAAGAAAGCCAUCGAGGAGGCGAGGAACAUUUGCGCCAGCCUCGCCAUGAGGAGCGACCUGAGGUCGUACGAGGAUGACGACACCGAUGCCCCUACGGAUGAGGAUGAGACUCCCACUCGCCCGACCUCUUUUGCUCACCCGGCCACGUCUCGCCCACAACCGCCGCAAGAGUCUCGUCGCUCCGCGCAGCCAGACGGCCCUAUUCCGGCCUACGCCGAGGUUCGACCCAGGGCAUCUGUCCCGCAGGAGUCGUACCAGAUUCCCAACGGGACGCUCGCCCACCAGCCAGGCCAGACCUGGGACCAGCAGCCGUACGGACGCGACCGGGACCAAGCUCCUGGCCAUGCGCCGCCGCCGCCGCCGCCCAGGCCCCAAAAGGUAGGGAUGGAGGAUGCGGAGCGAUACUACGAUGGCGCGAGGGGCGACUCGCCCAGCAGGCCCAGCAGCUCGCGUGACAAGGAGAGCACAAGGCAGAGGUUGGCGAGUGCCAUGAGGAUGGGCGUGAGGGCCUAG